GUCCUCCUGGUAGUGUCAACCACCAGAGGUGCUUCAAUAGACUAAGACCAAUGGUCAACUUUUGCACAAGAGGACAUCAUCUUGGGGCCCUUGCAAAGGAAUUCCUUGACAACAACAUUGAACCACCUGAAGAGUGUCGUCCAAUUGAAGAGGAUCCGGAGCCGCCCUCUGAUAUGAUCGACGAAGCUACAAGACUUCUAGCUGGAACUUCGAUCUAG